AUGGUGGACAGCAGAAACAUAGUAGUAGGUACUAGCAGCAGCAGCAGCAGCAGCAGCAGCAGCCGCUUUGUUUUUUUUGGGGGGGAGAGGAGAGGAGGGGGCCGCACUCAUGUGGAGAAUUUUGUCGUCGACCGCCGCGCUUCGCGAUUCGCCGAUUGCGCCUUUAGCUCCUUUUCUGUUAGCCGCUUCCCGCCCAUCCUGAGCCUGUUCUUGCGCCGCUCCGCCCCAACCUCAUUGCACCUCUCAUCUUCACCAUCACCAUCACCAUCACCAUCACGACCUGACGACCCUUUCGAGCCGCGCUCGCCUCUCUCGACGACCACCAUCACUGUUUCCUUGCUUUCCUUUUCCCACCCUGUCCCACGCCAUCCAUGGACGUUUGAGGUAGGCGCACGCCUCGCUCCUGCCGCGCUGUCGGACUCUCACCGCAUUGUCCAAAAGUCCACACUUCGCCGGCCCUCCCCCGGAGCUCAUCGCGCCCUCAAACGCGCCCUCUUCGACGACUGCGCAUCCGCCUCGUUCCUAUCACCAUCUUCCGUCACCUACUGCACCCUCUUUUUUUUGUGUCUUUCUUUUUCCCUACGUACCCGCCUUCGCUUGCACAAUCUGUUCGCGACUCUCUUCCUUACUUACCCAUCUUCUGCCACUGGUCUGUCGCUAGUUGCCCGCGCCGUCUUGGAGAUUCGACUCUUGGGGCAAUUUGGCGACACCGUCAAAGAGGAAGACGCCGACCAACCCUCUUCACAUCUCCUUGCCAUGGAGCCCGAACGCCCAAAUCUUUCCAUCACCCUCCCAAGGAACUUCAUGUUCCACUACCGUGAUGGCCCGGCGCCGCAAACACCGGAACCCGAGCCACAGCCUGAGGAACUGCAGCCUCCACCGCCACCACGGCAGGUGCUCAAGGUUCGCCGCCGCCGCACUACCCUCCUCAUGAGCCACGACAGCAUGGACGAGAGGAUGGACCAACAGCCGAUUCCCACAAUCGAAACCCCAGAACUCCUUCCCAACAUCUCCUCUGGCCUUUCGUCCUUUCCGCCCAUUCAGAAUGACGCCUUCCUCUCGCCCAGCAUGGGAUAUGCACGCCUACUAUCUCCCCCAAAGACACCUGCUGCUCAGGUGCGGACGGUUGAUCAUUACGAUGGACCACAGGACUGGUCAGACGUCGAGCGUACCACAUACAGUGCGGCAUCGAGCAGGCCAACUUCGUCCUCCGGCUUCUCCGACUCCUCAGUCUCCUCUUGCGACAGCAUUGGAUCAUUCAUGUCAAGGGGAGGCAGUUGUACCACUCCUGAAGAAGAGAGGAUGAACCCUUUUCUGUACUGCUCUCCGCCCAUCACGUCUCCUUACCUUGCAUCGCCGUUGAUCGCAGCCCCUAAACCUCAGGCAGCCAAGAAGAUGAAGCUAAGGGCAACCUUCACAGAAGAAAUGGACCACCAUCUCUGGAUGACGUACAUGAAGUACCUGCAGGAUCCUACCGUCACUCCGUUCAAGGCCCUUCCAAGCACAACACCUCCGAAUGGAGUGUGCCAUCGCGUAGCAAGGAUGGCCCGAAAGACAUGGAAGUGUUCACGCACCUCUCGUGCCAGCGGACUUCGCGUCGGGCCUCACUAUGCCUCGCCCUCGGGUACUCCAGCCACCUCGAGACCCAGCAGAGGUGGUAGCAACUCUGCGUCAGCCAGAUCGAGCAAGUCCUUUUCUCGAUUUCCAAGCGAGAAGCAAUGUCGAAAGCGAUUACGUGACCUGGCUAAGCAAAAGCCCAGCAUUUCGGCUCAUUACCAGCGCAUGCUCCAACGGUCGCCCUCUCCAUUCCAGUCGUCACCGCCUAGGGAGGAGGAGGAGGAGUCGCGACCGCUACCAUUAUCGUCGCCAUUCUCCCAAGGGGCCGCGACUUUCUCGACGCGGGACAUGAAUGUGUCUCUGGCGACGAGUACUGCUCCGUCGAUGCAGUUGGGCAACCCGUUGUCGCAACUGGCAAAGGACAUUACACCUCGGCCUGCAGGAAGAACUUGGUCGAGCGUACGGUCCUCUGCGCACCAGAAGUCGCAGUCUCUUCACAUUGGUCUGGGCUUGGGUCUUGGAUCUCCUUUCCAUGCAACAUCGGGAACGCCAAUUGCGAGUGCGAGCAGGCACAAUGCCCGAACUUGGCAUGCCCCGUCCUCUUCCGCACAGGGAGCCCGACUUGGCUCACCCUUCCAGUUGCACUCACCGCGUCCCAUGUCUAGGGUGUUUAAGCGUCGAGCCCUUCACAACUCGUUUGAAGACCGCGCGCGAACCCGCGGUGACACCUUUGUCAACGAGUUGUUUGGUGCCCCAGCUGAGUCGAGCCACCGACGAGUACGUAGUCGUGGAUUCAGCUUGGGUGAUAUGGUUGAGGGAGCCCGACGACUUCCGCUUGCAAACGAUCCGUCUGGGUUCAACCCAUUUGCCGACCUAGGUUCUGUAAUGCCCAGCCCAGCUCGACGCUCACCUGCCAUGUCAGCUGAAGCACAUGGCCAAGCGACUGUCCGCUUGGGAUCGCCCUUUGGCGCUCGGCCGAGUCACACCUUUCCUCGAUCCAACCUCUCUCAUAGCUUUGAGCCACCUGCAUCGUUUGAGCAACGGUUUGCAGCCAUGCCUAGCGACUCGAGACAGUAG